AGAUGAUUUGCAAUGUGGAAUCAAUUUAAUGAAUGACGUUCGCAAAACAUGAAAAUAUUUUUACAGAUGUCAGAAAAAAGCUUACCAUUUGCUCUCUUCAGAGCAUUCUCCGGUUUCUGAAAAAAAAGAUCAUCAGGGAGAUGUACUUUGGACUUGGUCAUAUCCUACUGUGUCUUCAGAACAACGAGAACUGUUAUCACGGAAAUGUUGUUUGAAUCAGAAAAAUGCUGAUUUAACCCAGUUUGUUUUUGGUCACUGGAAAAAGACAUGGUUCUACAUUUAUACUGCAGAGAUGAAGGAAUCCGACAGACUUCCAAAGAUUCACUCUUUCUCACUGGUUUUAACAACGAAAGAUUAUAACCCAGAAAAAUAUGAGACAUUGAGUAGAAUCUUAUGCAAACAGUUUGCAAGGAAUGGUAACCCAGCUCACCUACUGGAGUGCUAUUUGUCAGUGGUCACGCGGGGAUUGUGUAACAAUGAAGAAAAUGGGACGUUUAUUGUAAAGGAAUUUGAUGCAAGACAGGCCUAUGCAAAUGUUGAAAUAAAAAGUAUAAUUCAAAGUUUAGGAAUGGAGGCCAUACUGGUUUAUACAGCCCUUAUGCUCAAAAAGAGAGUCAUAGUAUACCACCCUAAAGUUGAUGAAUUACUCCGAUUUACAAGAACUCUUCCAUGUCUUGUGUGGCACAGACAGAAUUGGGAUAUUUUAUAUCCAUACGUCCACCUGGACGACGAAGAACUAAAAAGUUUUGAAUCACAGAGGCAUUAUGUUGUUGGGUGUACCGACGCUGCAAUUGAAACGAGGACAGAUUUGUACGACAUAUUCAUCGCUGUGCCAACACAUGAGGUGACUGUGGCACCAAAUGCCAAAGAUUCCCUCGCAAUGAGUAAACUACAUAAAGAUGUCGCUGUCACAAUGGUCAAUAGUGCGGCAAAUGAGGAACUCUCAGAUCAACAAGUCAUAAAGGAAAUUGCUAAGAAGACCAAGGAGCUGUUGAACAAUCUUAAGACAUUAGCCACUCCUAAUGAGGAAGGAGUGGGAUACAUUACACUUGAGGCAUUACGUGAAAGGAAAAUGCAACCUGCAACUGAACAUUUCUUAUACAAUCUUGCCAUGUGUGAGGGAUUAGUCCAGUUAUAGCACAAACCAUUUCAUCUUUUGUAAAAUCUGUGUAAGGGAACUUUGUAAAAUGUGUUUUGAAAUUUUAAAAUGGAGACUCAUUUGCAGCAUUGUGAGUGCAAAGUGCAUCAAAGCAUUCUUUGUAUGGCAGAGAUGGUUUGAGUAUAAGAA